CGGCAACCUGAUCCCGGUCCAACAUGGUCGCCGCUCACGCCUCCCAUUCCUCGUCCUCCGGCGAGUGGAUCGCGUGCCUGGAUAAAAGGCCUUUGGAACGUUCUAGUGAAGAUGUAGAUAUAAUAUUCACACGACUAAAAGAAGUGAAAGCUUUUGAGAAAUUUCAUCCAAACCUUCUCCAGCAGAUAUGUCUCUGUGGAUAUUACGAAAAUCUGGAAAAAGGAAUCACAUUAUUCCGUCAGGGUGAUAUUGGGACGAAUUGGUAUGCUGUUCUGACAGGAUCACUGGAUGUGAAGGUGUCUGAUACAAGCAACCACCAGGAUGCUGUGACAAUAUGCACUCUUGGAAUAGGAACUGCUUUUGGAGAGUCCAUUCUGGAUAACACUCCUCGCCAUGCUACCAUUGUUACCAGCGAACAUAGUGAGCUCCUUCGAAUUGAGCAGAAGGACUUCAAAGCACUUUGGGAGAAAUAUCGACAGUAUAUGUCUGGCCUUCUCACUCCUCCUUAUGGUGUUAUGGAAACUGGCUCCAACAAUGACAGAAUGCCAGAUAAAGACAGUAUGUCAAGCAGUGCUCUUUGCCAAGUUUCUAAAAAUUGUAAUAAGACACCUCUUAUUGAACCUCACAUCCCACAUCAUCCUACUAAAACCAUUACACAGGUUCCUUCAGAAAAGAUCCUUAGAGCUGGAAAGAUUUUGCGGAAUACAAUUCUGUCCCGAGCUCCUCACAUGAUAAGAGAUCGUAAAUACCAUCUGAAGACUUACAGGCAAUGCUGUGUGGGGACAGAACUAGUUGACUGGAUGAUGCAACAAAGUCCUUGUGUCCAUUUACGAACCCAGGCUGUUGGCAUGUGGCAAGUGCUGCUAGAAGAAGGUGUUCUUAACCAUGUGGACCAGGAACACCAUUUUCAAGACAAAUACUUAUUUUAUCGAUUUUUGGAUGAUGAGCGUGAAGAUGCCCCUUUGCCAACUGAGGAAGAGAAAAAGGAGUGUGAUGAGGAGCUACAGGAUACUAUGCUGCUGCUCUCUCAGAUUGGGCCAGAUGCUCAUAUGAGGAUGAUUCUCAGGAAACCCCCUGGCCAGAGAACUGUAGAUGACUUAGAAUUUAUAUAUGAAGAACUUCUCCACAUUAAGGCCUUAUCUCAUCUUUCUACCACAGUAAAACGAGAAUUAGCAGGUGUCCUCAUUUUUGAGUCACAUCCCAAAGCAGGAACAGUCUUAUUUAAUCAGGGAGAAGAAGGUACUUCCUGGUACAUUAUCCUAAAGGGAUCAGUUAACGUAGUCAUUUAUGGCAAGGGUGUGGUAUGUACUCUACACGAAGGAGAUGAUUUUGGCAAGUUAGCACUUGUGAAUGAUGCUCCCAGAGCAGCAUCCAUUGUUCUGCGGGAAGACAACUGCCACUUCCUGAGAGUAGAUAAGGAGGACUUCAACAGGAUCCUUAGGGAUGUGGAAGCAAAUACAGUAAGACUCAAAGAACAUGACCAAGAUGUCUUGGUGUUGGAGAAGAUCCCAGCAGGAAACAGAAUUUCUAAUCAAGGAAAUCCACAGCCACAGCACAAGUAUAUUGUGAUGUCAGGAACCCCAGAGAAAAUUUUAGAGCACUUUCUAGAAACUAUGCGCCUUGAAGCAACUUUAAAUGAAGCAACAGAUUCUGUUUUAAAUGAUUUUAUUAUGAUGCACUGUGUUUUUAUGCCAAAUAGUCAGCUCUGCCCAGCCUUGAUGGCACACUAUCAUGCCCAGCCUUCUCAGGGUACAGAGCAGGAGAAAAUGGAUUAUGCCCUCAACAAUAAAAGGCGAGUCAUUCGACUGGUUCUGCAGUGGGCUGCUUUAUAUGGAGAUUUACUGCAAGAAGAUGAAGCAGCAAUGGCCUUUUUGGAGGAAUUUUAUGUAUCUGUAUCAGAUGAUACUAGAAUGAUUGCAGCACUAAAGGAGCAACUUCCAGAGCUAGAGAAAAUUGUAAAGCAAAUUUCUGAAGAACCUAAAGCACCACAAAAGAAGCACAAAGUUCUUCUCCAGCUGUUCAACACAAGUGAUGACAGAGCACAGAAACGCCAGCCUAUCAGGGGCAGUGAUGAGGUUCUGUUUAAGGUGUACUGCAUAGACCAAACCUACACCACUAUCCGUGUGCCAGUGUCUUCUUCUGUGAAGGAAGUGAUCAGUGCAGUAGCAGACAAGCUGGGCUCUGGAGAAGGCCUCAUCAUAGUAAAGAUGAGUUCAGGAGGAGAAAAGGUUGUGCUCAAGCCUCACGAUGUUUCAGUGUUCACCACCCUCAGCGUUAAUGGUCGGCUGUUUGCUUGCCCACGGGAUCAGUUCGAUUCAUUGGCACCAUUGCCAGAACAAGAAGGACCAUCUACUGGUACAAUAGGAACGUUUGAACUGAUGAGUUCCAAAGACUUAGCACAUCAGAUGACAAUUUAUGACUGGGAGCUCUUCAACUGUGUGCAUGAGCUGGAAUUGAUCUAUCACACUUUUGGGAGGCACAAUUUUAAAAAGACCACAGCAAAUCUGGACUUGUUCUUAAGAAGAUUCAAUGAAAUUCAGUUCUGGGUGGUCACAGAGAUUUGUCUUUGCUCUCAACUCAGCAAGCGUGUUCAGCUGUUAAAGAAAUACAUUAAGAUAGCAGCCCACUGUAAAGAAUACAAAAAUCUGAAUUCCUUUUUUGCUAUUAUUAUGGGACUGAGUAAUGUUGCUGUGAGCCGUCUCUCGUUAACGUGGGAGAAACUCCCAAGCAAGUUCAAGAAGAUCUAUGCAGAGUUUGAAAGCUUAAUGGAUCCAUCAAGAAACCAUAGGGCCUACAGACUAACUGUAGCUAAAUUGGACCCUCCAAUAAUUCCUUUCAUGCCAUUGCUUAUAAAAGACAUGACGUUUACUCAUGAGGGAAACAAGACAUUCACUGACAAUCUAGUAAACUUCGAAAAAAUGCGCAUGAUUGCCAACACUGUCAGGACAGUGAAAUUCUGCCGAAGCCAAUCUUUCAAUCCUGAUGCAGCCCUAACUAAUAAAAACCAUCAGGAUGUUCGGAGCUACGUGCGGCAAUUAAAUGUGAUUGACAACCAGAGAACUUUAUCACAGAUGUCUCACCGACUGGAACCGCGCCGAGCGUAAACAUUUGAAGCAAUGAUGAGAAAUGAUCUUUUAUCCUCUCAAGGUCACUUGUUAAGAACUUCACUUUCUCUGCUACUGCACUGCCACUACAAAAAUAAGCAAAAACAUACUCUAAGGUCUUAGGCAACGCACAAUGUACCAGCCUGCUGGAGAACUUUGGCUGAGGAAGAAUUUAUGCACUGUAGGUGUAUGGGUGGCCAUGUUGUGAACUGUUAAUUCAUCUUAAGGUGUAGUAAGUGAUAUCUCAUGGAUUUUAAAAAAGGCAAAAGGUAGAAUAGUUAGUGGGAAAUGCACAAAAACUUGUAACAGUUCAUUUAGUAGUAGGUAGUGGGUUCUUCUCCCUAAUUAAGAAUCUGUAUUUCAUGAUUUAUGCUUCAGGUAAGGACCAAAACUGAUCAUCAGUUUAGCUUGCUCAGCUACUUUUAACUGCAGUAGAAAGUGGAUUUAAUGAUCAGAUGGAGUAAUGUAUGUUCAAGAGCAGUCCAAGGUAUAGUUCCAUUCAGAGAAGACUUGCAAAUAUUUCUGUUUUAAAUACAACAAAUACUAAAAAUUCCUAAUCUUAAUCAUAUUGUCUGCUACUACAAGCAGUGUGGCCAUUUCAAAAAACUGACAAGACUGAAAAUAUUUUGAAUAAAUAGAUUAAUCAGUGUAUACAUUUUACUUCCUUCUUUUUAAAUUUGCAAUCAGGUUUUUAAAAAAUUCAGUUAAAAGGUAGCAAAGGUCUGGUUCAAAAAGAGCACAAUAUGCACAAAUGGAUUUUAAGAGAAUAUUUUCCUGGACAUUAAAAUCUUAAACUUCAGCUAGAAUUAAUCAUGGCUGGUUAACACAUUUUCUGGUCUUACACAUUUACAAAUAUCUUAGUUUUCAGCCAAUUAUUUGCACUUUCAAUAGACUGUAAAUAAAUGUCAAUUUAUUAUGUUC